GUCACCGGAUUUGGAAUGUCCCGAGCACAACAUGAUAACGAAGACCAGAAUGCAGCUCUUAUUCCUGUUCAGCUCAAAGCAGCAAGCUACGCACAUUCCAUCACAUUGCAGCACAAAUCCCAUGAAACAAGAGGAUAAUAUAGAUCUUAUAAAGCAGCAGCCAGCUCCCGUCACUUCAGCGCAUAAGGAUAAUAAUGGUUUGGAUUCCCCAGUUGUUGAACACCAUCAAACUUCUGGGGAUGCUAAAUUCUCCCAUGUCGAACUGACAAUACAAAUCUGCCAGUGCAGAAGCAGGGUUCAAGUUCAGCAAAAGUUAAGGAAGAGGAUACUCAACCUCCGCUUGGUAUGCCUCAUUACCGCUCUCCAUAUUCAGCAGGCGGGAGGUUGUUUGAUUACGAGGAAAGAUAUGCACCAGAUCCUCUUGGGGAAGAGAUGAGGGAGAAUGCCCGCGUGUUUAAGGUGUAUUUGGAUGAAGCAAACGACUUUGAUGAUGAUAUGUUGAGAGGAUUUAGGGAAACAAUUGAUUCAUUGCUGGUAUUUGCAGCACUUUUCUCUGGAGUUAUAACAUCCUUUAUUAUUGCAACCAUAACUAACCUCCAACCUGAUUAUUCACAAAUCACAGCAAUUUUGUUAAUUGAACAGGUUCAACUCCUCAGGGCUGCUGGAAAUUCCACUACUAUCAGUACCAUUCCUCAAUCCUCUGUGGAUCUACAGAAUGUCUCAGUGGAUAUGAAUGAUCUUUGGGUUAAUGGCCUCUUUCUUGCAAGUUUGUCUCUAGCCCUGGUUACUGCAUUCUUGUCAGUUUUAGUCAAGCAGUGGCUGCAAGCUUAUACUUCCAUAUCAGCUGGAAAUGCCAAACAAAGGGCUAUAAUUCGACAAUUUAGAUAUGCUGGGAUUGUAAAAUGGAAAGUCCCAGAAAUUGUGGGAAUCCUUCCCCUCAUCCUUCACACAUCUUUGGCCCUAUUCCUGAUAGGAUUGUCAUUGUACAUUUCAGUCCUU